AUGUUCGGUAACGGAGGGUCAGCUCUCCUGUCCUGCUCCGCUCUCCUUCUACAGGUUGUGAUUUUACCGGUAACCACCAACGGGACUGUCAAGGACAGACGUGAGGGAACAGAGGACCAGCAUAAGAUCAGUCUGCAGACACACAACCAUGGAGGACUGACUGACAUAGAGGCAACACAGGAGGUGUUUCAGUGGUGGGGCGAAUGGUCUAGUUGGUCCUCUUGUUCUAGGAGCUGUGGAGGAGGAGUCAGGAGUCAGGAGAGACACUGUCUCAUCCAGAGGUUAUCCACUACCCAGAACAUUAACAGUUCCUACUGUGUGGGUUCACCUAAACAGUACCAACUGUGCCCUAAUCAGCCCUGUCCCAGUCCUAGUGUCAGCUUCAAACAGCACCAGUGUUCCCAGUUUAACUCUAAGGCCUUUGGAAGAAGAUAUUACCAGUGGAUCCCUCUUUACCCUGCUGAUUACAUCAGUAUCUCCAAUAAGCCAUGUGACCUACAAUGUACAACUGUAAAUGGUGAGCGACAGCUGCUAGUCCCCGCCCAUGAUGGGACCUUCUGCCGUGACGGCAAGUACCAUGGAGUCUGCAUUGAGGGAAUAUGUCAGCCUGUAGGUUGUGAUGGAGAGCUGUACAGCAGUAAGACAGUAGACAGGUGUGGUGUGUGCGGAGGGAACGGAACCUCUUGUCAUCGCGUCUCUGGAUCGUACAGGAAAGGACUCACACAGUUAGGCUACGUGUUCAUAACCAACAUCCCAGCAGGAGCCACAGACAUACAAAUCAUAGAGAGACGCAAGACGGAAAAUAUCCUAGCCCUGUCAGAUGAAGGGGGACAUUUCUUCUUUAAUGGCAACACUGUGAUUGACAACCCCAGAAACUUCCAUGUGGCGGGAACAGUGUUUAAAUACCGCCGACCUAGCAACACAUUCUCAGAUGGGCUGGAGUACAUCAUCGCCCAGGGACCCACUCUUCAGGGCCUAAAUGUUAUGUACUACAACCUAAAUGGAAAACUCCCCCACAUAACCUAUGAGUACACUGUGCCUCGCAACGGUCAUGACUUCAACACCUCCACAGAUGACAUCUCUGCAGGCCCCUGCCUCGUUAACCACACACACAACGAGGUGGAUCUCAGAGAGGAUCAAGGUAGGCCGGCUAACCACAGCAUAGAGAGUGUGGCAUCCAUCCACCAACGCCCACCAACAGACGUUGAACUGGGAGCUGUGGAUAAGUCAGAUGUUCCAGCGAAGGCAGUGGGGCAUGAGUCAGUCCCCGAGCUACAGAUGUCCAGCCCCCCACCGGUGGCAGCCUUGGUGGUUUACAGACCAGUGAGUGAUGUCAGCCGCAACGAUGUGGAAGAGCAGGGACCUCCAGCACCGGCUGGCUACAGAAGUUCCUCCAACUCGAUUGACAGUGAGCCAUCCAAUCCUAAUAACACCAGGAACAUUCCCUUCCACCGGCGAAAAGCCUUCCUGGACCUCGUCCUCUCAAUUCCUGGUCCCCCUCCACACCACACCCCCUGUGUGUCUGGUUCCUCCCCCUGCUCCAGUCUGCAACCCAACCAGUCCACAGGUUUAGACAACACACUGGUGCUGAAAGAGAUCCAUGGCAUCAGUGCUAGCUACGCCCUUUGUGUGCGGUAUGAUGGCACUGAAGUAGAUGACAGUUACUGUGACUCUGUGACCAGACCAGAGCCCACACACGAGUUCUGCAUUGGGAAAGAAUGCCCUCCAAGGUGGGAGACCAGUGGAUGGAGUGAGUGCUCUCGUACCUGUGGGGAGGGGUUCCAGUACCGCACUGUACGCUGCUGGAAGAUGCUAUCACCUGGCCUGGACUCCUCUGUUUACGAUUCGCUGUGUCUUUCACAUGAACUGCACAAACCGGCCAGUAGGAAGGUCUGCAUGGGUCAGAGCUGUGGACCGCAGUGGGAGGUCUCUGCGUGGUCAGCGUGCUCUGCGAGAUGUGGGUCCUGGGGUGUGCAGACUCGUGAGGUUCGUUGCUCCAUGGAAACCCGAUUAUGCAAUGUGUCCUCGAAACCAACAAUGAGUCAGCAAUGUGAAGGCCCGCCCUGUGACAGACGAUGGACAGUGUCUGAUUGGGGACCAUGUUCAGGUGUGUGUGGGCAGGGCAGGAUGGUGCGGGCGGUGGCGUGCCGGUCGUCGGGCGGGGUGGUGAUGUCAGAGGAGCAGUGCGACCAGUCACUACGGCCAUUGGCCGUGUAUCCCUGUGGAGACCGAGACUGCCCCCCGCAUUGGGUUGAACAGGAGUGGCAGCAGUGCAAUGCCACAUGUGGUCGGGGAGUGCGGCAGCGUCAGGUGGUGUGUGCAGGGUUGGAAGGAGGUGUAUUCAAAGAGUUUGGCGAUGGAAGCUGUGAACAAACCCACAAACCUGAGACAUCUUCUUCCUGCUUCCAAAGACCCUGCUCCAAGUGGUUCACUACAUCCUGGUCACAAUGCAGUAAGAAAUGUGGGAGUGGUAUUCGGGUUCGGGAGGUGAAGUGUUACCAAGGGGAGGAGCUUGUCACCAGGGGACACAGCUGUGACUCGGCCCUGAAGCCAGAGGCAAGACAGAGCUGUGAAAUUCAGCGCUGUCCAACUGAGGCGCCAGCAACACCUCCAGCAGUAUCAACAGCUGUGGAAGACUCCUGUCAAGACAAGCCGACGGCCAACUGUGCCUUAGUCCUCAAGGUCAAACUGUGUUCCCAUUGGUACUACAGAAAGGCCUGCUGCCAGUCCUGUAAGGCCUCAAGGCCUUGAAUCCUGAACUAUAGCCCACUACCCCAAAUUCCUACCACUGGUGCUAAAGGUCAACUACAUUAUAUUGGUGCUACAAAAAAGCCUGCUGUCAUUUCUGUAAGACCAAGUGACAUCGACUGUGACCCUUGACUCAUACCUUUACCACAUACCACACAUGUUAAAGUUCAAGCUGUGUUCUUAAUGAUCACUCUGGUGCUAGAAAAAGGACCACUGUGAGCCCUUCGAUCACUAUCCGGAUCAUAAUAUCUUCUAAGCUCUCUCCCUGGUCACACCUUGCGUUGUACCCAGAAGUAAAACUUUUUGUAUGGAGCGGUAGAAACCCACAGAGCAACUGAUCUGUCAUUAGAAUUAAGCCCCAAUCAUGCCAAAUGUUGUCUGACAUACAACAUUGAGCAAAAUACUUUAUACAAUGAGGAUGCCAAGUAACAAUUUUGGUCGGU